GGCCUAAGCAAAACAGAGCAGAAAAAAUCAACACCAAGCUGCGGCUAGUCAAAACACACCGAACGCGAAAUAAACAAAAAGCCAUUCUUUUAAUCGGAAGAAAAGGGAAUCCGGCGUCUUGUGUGUCGAUCGCAGCUGCAUCCGUCGGAAAGAUGGCACAGGGAGGCGGACAUGAGGAGCAAACGUUUAACGAAUUUUACACCGAGGUGAAGGAGAUCGAGAAGCGCGACUCGGUGCUCACGUCCAAACAGCAGAUCGACCGGUUGCUGCGCCCGGGUGCGACCUACUUCAACCUGAACCCGUUCGAGGUGCUACAGCUCGACUGCGACACACCGCUGGAGCAGAUCAAGAAAAAGUACCGCAGCCUGUCGAUACUGGUGCAUCCGGACAAGAACCCGGACAAUCUGGACCGCGCCCAGCAGGCGUUCGAGAUCAUCAGCAAAGCGUACAAAACGCUCGAGAACGAGGCGACCCGCAAAAAGUGUCUCGAGGUGUAUGAGGAGGCAAAGGACCGCACGGACAUGAUGAUUGCCGAAAAGAAGAAAAAGCUGAAGAAGGAGGGCAAGUACGACGGCGUGCCGGAGGACGAACCGGCAAAAUACAAACACGCCAUCUACGUGAUGGUGAUGAAGCUGUUCGCGGACAUUGAGCGGCGCCGGCAGCAGCUGGAGGUGCGCGAUAUGGAGGAGCGCAAGCGCAAACGGGAGGCCGAGAUCGAGGAGGAGGAGCAGCGCGACCUGCAGAAGGAGUGGCAGAAGAACUUUGAGGAGUCGCGCCAGAACCGGGUCAACAGCUGGCACACGUUCCAGGCCGGCUCGUCCUCGGCGUCCUCGUCGGCAUCGUCGUCGUCUGCAGCUGCCGCGGCCGCCGCUGCCUCCUCCUCCUCCGCGGCAACGACCGUGAAGAGCAAAAAAUCGAAAAAAGCCAAGUACACCUCGUUUAACCCACCGAAAAUCAAGCCCGAGACGCGAUAGAGGCCGCCACCGCCGUGUUCCGAACCGUUCCAGCUGCUGAAGUAGAAUGUCGUGGAAUUUAGUUUUAAUACUGCCUUCCUCACCGGAUCAUCCCCCCCUACCCCCUCUGCCACACCUUCACUAUUGCAUGUCGCGUGUAGGGCCUCCGCUCUGUGGCUGAGCUUUUGAUCACGAUUCCCUCAACUAUUCUUCUCGGUGGUAGUAAACGUCUUUUACUGAAAUGUGA